AUGUCUGCAAACCAAAAGAUUGCCAUUCUCUCCGUCUACGACAAGACGGGGUUGUUGGAUCUGGCCAAGGGCCUCAUCCAACAGAAUGUCAGAAUUCUCGCCUCGGGAGGAACUUCUCGCAUGAUCCGAGAGGCCGGCCUUGCCGUCGAGGAUGUCAGCGCCAUCACCAAGGCUCCCGAGAUGCUCGGUGGUCGUGUCAAGACUCUGCACCCCGCUGUCCACGGCGGCAUCCUUGCCCGCAACCUGGAGUCGGACGAGAAGGACUUGGCCGAGCAGGGCAUCGCCAAGGUCGACUAUGUCGUGUGCAACCUGUACCCCUUCAAGGACACCGUUGCCAAGGUCAACGUCAGCAUCCCCGAGGCUGUCGAGGAGAUUGACAUUGGAGGCGUGACCCUCAUCCGGGCCGCGGCCAAGAACCAUAGCCGCGUCACCAUCCUCAGCGACCCCCGGGACUACCCUGGCUUCCUCGAGGAGCUCGAGAAGGGCGACAUCACCGAAGCGAGCCGAAACCGAUAUGCCCUCAAGGCCUUUGAGCACACGGCCGAUUACGACACUGCCAUCUCUGGCUUCUUCCGCAAGGAGUACGCCGGUCAGGGCGAGCAAUACAUGGCUCUCCGAUACGGCGCCAACCCUCACCAGAAGCCUGCUGCCGCUUACACCGUCUCCGACAAACUUCCGUUCAAAGUCCUCUGCGGCUCCCCCGGCUACAUCAACCUUCUAGAUUCUCUGAAUGCCUGGCCUCUAGUCAAGGAACUCAAGCAGGCGCUUGGAAAACCCGCAGCCGCCAGCUUCAAGCAUGUUUCCCCCGCUGGUGCCGCCAUUGGCCUUCCCCUGACCGCAGAGGAGCGCAAGGUGUACUUCGUCAACGAUAUCGAGGGUAUUGAGAGCUCUGCCCUCGCCCAGGCCUACGCUCGCGCCCGUGGUGCCGAUCGCAUGAGCAGCUUCGGCGACGUCAUUGCCCUCAGUGACAUUGUCGACGUCCCCACCGCAAGCAUCAUCUCCAAGGAAGUCUCCGACGGCGUCAUCGCCCCCGGCUAUGAGGAUGCCGCCCUCGAGAUCCUCAAGAAGAAGAAGGGCGGCAAGUACCUCGUUCUCCAGAUCGACCCCGACUACAACCCUUCUCCCACCGAGACCCGAACUGUCUACGGCGUCACCCUCCAGCAGCACCGAAACGACGUCGAAAUCUCCCCCAAGUCCUUCGACACCAUCAUCACCCCCAAGGAUGCCGGCGCCCUCCCCGAAAACGCCGCCCGCGACCUGACCGUCGCCACCAUCACCCUCAAGUACACACAGAGCAACUCGGUUUGCUACGCCUACAACGGCCAGGUCAUUGGCCUCGGCGCGGGCCAGCAGUCCCGCAUCCACUGCACCCGUCUUGCCGGCGACAAGGCCGACAACUGGUGGAUGCGCUUCCACGAGCGUGUCCUCAACAUCAAGUGGAAGAAGGGCACCAAACGGCCCGACAAGAGCAACGCCAUCGACCUUCUCGUUAGUGGCGAGCUCCCCAAGUCUGGUGCCGAGCGCGAGGCUUUCGAGGCCAUUUUCGAAAAGGUUCCUCCUGCCUUCACCGACGAGGAGAGAGAAGCUUGGAUGAAGCAACUCAAGAAUGUUUGCGUCUCCAGCGACGCUUUCUUCCCCUUUAUCGACAACGUCUUCCGCACCUCCCGCUCAGGAGUCAAUUACAUCGCCGCUCCAAGCGGCAGCCAAAACGACAAUGCCGUCUUUGAAACCGCCGAAAAACUAGGCAUCACUUUUGUCCAACAAAACAUUCGUCUCUUCCACCACUAA